AUGACUUUUAAUGCUGUUUCACUACCCAAAGAAAUAAAGAUUAGAGAAGAAGUUGGAAAAAAUGACCUGAUCAAAUUGUCAGAAUUAAAAGAAGCCUUUCAAUUGUUUGAUUUUAAUAGCGAUGGUAUUAUCGAUUCUGAAGAUUUAAAAUUUACCUUUUUAACCAUGGGCAAACCCGAUGUAUCUGAAGAACAAAUACAACAAAUGUUAUCAGAAAUAUCGACUCCAAUUGACUUCGAUGCGUUUAUCACACUUUUUGGAAAAAAAGUUAGUGAAAUGGACCCAGAAGAAGUUUUUACUGCUGCACUAUCAACUUGGGAUAUGAGAGACACUGGAAUGAUACCAGAAAAAAAUUUUUUUAGAAUAAGAGACGAUCUUCAAAAAUUUGGCGAUAAAUUUACAAUUAAAGAAGUUGAUCGUGCUUUGGAAGAGGCACCAAUUUAUUUGCAAGAUGAUGAUGAAAUGAUAGAUUACAUUAAAUUUAGUAACAAUAUUUGUGGUUUUCAAAAACUAGCUAGAGCCAGACAAUAUCAGAAAAAAUUAGAAAAUGCUUAGAAAAUAUUCA